CAUUCACCUCUCGAGGUGUGCCAUACAUCUGCUUAACUUGCGGACCGGGCCCAAUUGCAUACGUAUCGCGCCCACAUUAAUCGCUUACAUCACCCCACCACGACCUUUCCGAGAGUAUAUACAUGUCCUGGUGAAGGCAUACGAGCCAGAUUUCACACUCGAACUUCGUCACAGCAAAUGGCGCCAACAGGAUGGGAAGAGCAUCCGAAAACUUCCAUAACGCCUCUCCUUAAGCGCUUGUGGCAUGAAUCAGCCGAAACCAAACCGGAUGCCGCAGAAAUCGCCGCGGCAUUAUCACACAUUUUCACCAAUAGCUUGUCAGAAGUCCAAACCGGAGCUCUCCUGACAUGUCUGCACUUCACAGACCGCGAUCGGCAAGCGGACGUCCUGUCAAAAUGCGCUGAAGCCAUGCGAAAUUACGCGACAGGUAUAGACGUUGACGGACUAUCAGAGCUCCUCGCACAAAGGGGCAGGAAGGAAGGCGGAUAUCAAGGUGGCUUGUGUGAUGUAGUGGGCACCGGGGGCGACUCGCACAACACUUUCAACAUCAGCACGACAUCUUCCAUCCUUGCCAGCUCUCUUCUCAUGAUUGCAAAACAUGGUAAUCGCGCCAGCACGUCUCGUUCAGGGUCCGCAGAUCUUCUAUCUUGCGCACCGCCAAAACCUCCACAAAUCUCCGCCAUCACUCCAGCGACGCUUCAUGAAAUCUACAGCAGCACCAAUUACGCUUUUCUCUUCGCUCCCAUAUUUCACCCUGGCGCCAGGCACGCGGCAGCAAUCCGGAAACAACUCGGUUGGCGUACCAUUUUCAACCUUCUCGGUCCGUUGGCAAACCCACUGCAUGACUUGAUAGAGGCACGAGUAAUUGGCGUAGCGCGCAAAGAGAUUGGCCCGGACUUUGCAGAAUCCCUACGCCAGUCCGGCGUCAAGAAAGCCAUGAUUAUCUGCGGAGACGAGGAGUUGGAUGAACUCUCCUGUGCCGGACUCACCCACUGCUGGCGGCUGAUCGAAGACCCUCAGACCAAGGGAGUGGAAAUCAAGUAUUUCACGGUUACGCCGGCAGACUUCGGGCUCCCGUCACACCCACUCACAGACGUUUCCCCAGGUCAAUCUCCAGAGAAGAAUGCCGAGAUACUGAUGCGGAUAUUGACGGGCGAGGUUCCACCUGAUGAUCCGAUCCUACACUUUGUGUACAUCAACACCGCAGCCUUAUUCGUCGUAAGCGGCAUCUGCGACGCAGACACGAGUGAAAUGGGUUAUGGCGACGAUGGCAACGUAAUUAAAGAAGUUGGGCCAGGGGGUGGUCGUUGGAAGGAGGGGGUACGGAGGGCGAAAUGGGCAAUUUCCAGCGGCGAAGCAUACAGACAGUGGCGGAAGUUUGUGGAGGUCACUAACAAAGUGGCCGAUGAGUGAAAACCAUGCAGGUUGUUAUCUAGCAAUCGAUAUUGCACGUCCGUCGGUGUGAAAAGAUUUCGUGUAUCUCGCCAGCUACCACAAAAAUCGAAGAACCAGAAGGAGAAGACACAGUGGCUCCUUCGUGUGGCUGCCGUGGUUUCUCCGCGAUUGGUUGGCGUGGGGAAGUUAUUGGGCUUCGCUGAAGGCAUGCACAAUUUUCACCUAUCCACUCCGCGUUUCACUUGAAAACAAAUUAGCGGGCAUCAAAGCCACGCACUACGAGAACUUCGCCAUAUCACCUUUACAUUCCUAAACCCAGAGACAACCCUCUCACGAUGUCCAGGAAGCCCCAAGUUACCGAAACUCAAAUGGGGAGAGCGACUGCAGCGACGUUGACAACGCUUCCAGCAGAGAUCCGCCUCCGAGUGUAUGAUGUCCUCGCGCCC